AUGGCUCCUCGAGCGGGUCGGCGUUCGAGAACGCUCGAAUCCGACGAGGAAGACUCAAGACCGAAUACACCUUCCUCAACCGCGCCUAAUGAUAGCAAAAGACAACGGAGGUUCGAGACACUAAGCAGGAGCAGCGAUGACGAUGACGACGCUUCGCCCAGUAGGACGUCUAUACCGGCUACUCAACCUGUAUCGACGAUGCUUCAGACGCAAGCAAACAAUACCCGGGUGAAUGGCAUCACGGCUUCCUCGGGCGGUCAUCAGCCUGGCGCCAUAGUCCGUGUGAAGUUGAUAAACUUUGUCACCUACGCAUCUGCAGAGUUCUUUCCUGGUCCUAACUUGAACAUGGUUAUUGGUCCAAACGGGACAGGAAAGAGUACGUUGGUUUGUGCCAUAUGCCUUGGGCUUGGAUGGCCACCAUCGUAUCUUGGGCGUGCAAAAGAUGCAGUUGAAUUCAUCAAACAUGGCUGCCGAGAAGCGACCAUUGAAAUCGAACUCCAGCGAUCCGCCUCUACACGGAAAAACCCAGUCAUAAUGAGAGUGAUCAAAAGAGAAGGGAGCAAAUCUGUGUAUACUCUCAACGGAGGUCCUGCCACUGGAAAAGCAGUCCAAGCACUUGCGAACUCCUUCAACAUUCAGAUCGACAAUUUAUGCCAAUUCCUUCCGCAGGACAAAGUCGUGGAAUUCGCACAGAUGAGCCCAAUCGAACUCCUCGUGAGCACUCAACGAGCUGUUGCGGGCGCCGACAUGGCCAGAAUGCACGAAGACCUUAAGAAACUGCGCAGUGCUCAGAGUGAGGCACUCAACAUGAACAAAGCUGAGCAGGAACGGCUCGCCAACCUAGAAAACCGACAAGAAAUGCAGCGCACAGAAGUGGAGAGGAUGCGAGAGCGAGCACUCGUCCAGAGAAGACUUGACUGGUUGCAGAACUGUCGACCACUUGCUGCAUAUACCGAAAGCAGGGCAAAGUGGCAGGAUUCGAAAGAACAGAGCAAAGUCUUGACACAAGAGCUGAAGAGGCUCAGGAAUCUUUCGGCUCCAAUCAUGGCGGAAUUCAAUGCCAAGGAGACAUAUGAAGCGGAGGUGCGUGCAUUCAGAGAUAAAUGCAAGAAAACCUUCGAAUUGGCCGAGCGCAGAUGCGCCCCAGCAGCAAAGCAAAUCGAGGAUGCCCAGGAGGCGUGCAAGGUGGGUCAAAACAAUAUUGAGGCGGAAAAGAGCAGUAACAGCAAGAAUCCGGGAGAGAUGAAACGUUUCGAGGCCAAGGUAGCAGCACUCGAACGCCAAAAAGAGCAACGGCCUGAGGAGCCCGAUAAUCGGGGCAUGUCCGAUGCGAUAAUGACCUUGAAAAAUCAGGAGAGGGCUCUUGUAGAAGAGAAGAGUGGAUUGGACACUCGCAAAAAGGCGCUGGGGGCGCAGGGGAAGCAGAGAAACGAAAGAAUUAAAGAGUGUGAGGCUGAGCUCACGGCGAUGGAGACCGAAGCCGGCAAGCAAGAAACCAAGCUGGAGAAGAUCUCCCGUGAUACAUUCAGAGCAUGGGAAUGGAUAAAGGCAAAUCGCGAGGAGUUCAGUCAGCAUGUCUACGGACCACCAAUUGUUGAAUGCUCACUCAAGACUCCGGCAAUGGCCGAUGUCAUUGAGACGCUACUCCAAGAGAGUGACUUCAAAGUCAUUACGGCUCAAAACCGAGAAGAUUUUGCCAAAUUGCAGCAGAAGCUGACCAAAGAGCAAGGACUUCACGACAUAAGUAUCCGAAUGUGCUCCGCUGAGAACCUGGACCAAUUCAGGCCUCCUAUAUCAGCGGAAGCAAUGCAGAGGCUAGGCUUGCACAGUUGGGCUCUUGACCAUUUGGAAGGUCCUGCGACAGUCCUAGCCACUCUUUGCAACGAGAGAAGUCUGCACCGCUGUGGAAUCAGUCCGAGAGAGCUCAGCCAGCAGCAACAUGACGAAAUCGCCAAAUCAGCGGUCAGCAGCUAUGCCGGCGGAAGGAAAAUCUAUCAAUUCACGAGACGAGCCGAGUACGGCUCAGCUGGAGUAUCUGCCCGUGCCAGAGAAGCACGUCCCGCCAGUAGAUGGACAGAUCAGCCAGUGGAUAUGGGUAGGAAGACAGCACUAGAACGCGAGAUCAGUGAACUGAAGGGAGAAACCAAAAUGAUCCACACAGAGUUUGAGAAUUUGAAGAACGAAAUACGCAAGAUUGAAGCCAGAAUUCUGCAGUCAACAGACGAGCAAUCGCGGAAACGUGAAGAAAGAGACAGCAGGCAGGCAGCGUGGAUGGCCUGGAAAUCUCUCGAUGCGAAAAUCGAGCAGCAGCAAGAGAAUAUCGCCAAGCUCCAGCAGAAGAUGGAAGGACACAGAGGUCGACUUGAGGAAUUGAAUACUGAGAUGGCCAAGGCACUGACAGACAAGACUGAAGCAGUCGUCGCGUUCGCAUCUAUUGUCAAAGAGGUCAAGGUCAAGUUGACCGCUCUUCUUGAAGCUGAGGUUAUGCAUGUCGAAGCCUCGUCGGACCUGGCCGUAUUGACGGCUCAAAAUCAGCACAUUGUGCAGAAUAUCCAACAGAAAGCAAAGGAGGUGGAUGAGGUGGACCAGAUCGUUGCAACCGAAAAGAAACGAGCGACAGGGUUAAAGGAGACUUGCAGAAAGAUUCAGGCCGAAGCUGAGAGACUCAAAGAGGAAGAAAAUGAAGUUGGUCUCGCAGAGAUCUUCGAGAAAAUCGUCCAAGACCUCAACAGCGUUGAAAAGCUCGAGGGCGAGAUCGAUGCAGAAAAGGCCAAGCUUGAAUUGACCGAGGGUGGCAGUGCCGGCAUCAUCAAAGAAUACGAGGAUCGUGCCAAAGUCAUUCAGAAGCUGCGAGCUAAGCUGCAAGAAGAUGCACAAAAGCAAGACGAUUUCAAACACAGCAUCCGGGAGAUACGGAGCAAGUGGGAACCUCGACUCCAAGAAUACAUUUCCCGGAUCAACGACGCUUUCUCCGACUCGUUCGCACGUAUCGGAUGUGCUGGUCAGGUGGCUGUUUACAAGGCGCCAUCUGAGAAUUCUGCAGACUGCACAGAAGAAACCGGUGGGGUGGACAAUGGACUCGACUUUGCCAAUUGGGCAAUCCACAUCAGCGUCAAAUUCCGCGAAACAGAGCCUCUCAGUCUGCUCGAUAGCCAUCGCCAAUCAGGUGGUGAAAGAGCAGUCAGCACGAUUUUCUAUCUCAUGGCUUUGCAGAGUCUAAGUCGAGCGCCUUUCCGUGUGGUGGACGAGAUCAAUCAGGGUAUGGAUCCACGAAACGAACGUAUGGUCCAUGGACGAAUGGUUGAUAUCGCGGCGGAUGAUGGUGGAAGUCAGUAUUUCCUCAUCACGCCCAAGCUGCUGAGCGGAUUGAAGUAUAGACGGGGUAUGACGGUGCUGUGUAUUGUCAGUGGUGAGAACAUGCCGGCCGCGAGAGAACUAGACGAAGAGGGUCGGUGGGUUGAUGGGCGCAAGGUUGACUUCAGGGCGUUUGUGCGACUGGCGAAAGAUCUGGGCUAUGCACAGGGUAAUGGUGAUAGAAGAGUCGACUCGGGCGUUGGGAUGAGAGGGCUCGGCGGUGCAAGUCAAGUUACUGCGGUCGGGGCAUGA